AUGAGCGUCCUCGUUCCAAUCUUCCUUGUGGGCUCCCUCGUCCUGCUCUCUGCUGCCCGCAAUCUAGCAGAAUGGUCAACGUUGCCGCGAGACGCUUCCACCGCCAUCAAGCCCAUCGAAGUCAGAAUUCCAGACGCCAAAGUCUUUGAGCUUCAAUCGGCUGUCCGUGCCCAACACGGCUUCAUACCAACGUACGAGAACACUCGGGAUGAUCUCAGCCUUGGCAUCUCCUGGGGCUGGAUGCAGAAUGCGACCUCCUUCUGGACAACAGACUUCAGUUGGAGGGGACAAGAAGAGGAAUUCAAUCGACACCCUCAUUUCCAAGCAAUAGUACAAACUUCGAACCGGACUCACAGUGUGCACUUUGUCGGAUUGUUUUCAUCGAAACCUGAUGCCUUACCGUUCCUUCUCCUGCAUGGCUUCCCCGGAAGCUUUCUAGAGUUCAUGGAGCUUCUGGACCUUGUCAAGCAAGAAUAUAAACCGUGGGACAGUCCAUUCCAUAUCAUCGUGCCCUCUCUAGUUGGGUUCACAUUUACGGAAGGACCGUCUAUUCACCUCGACUGGACUCUCGCAGACACAGCUAGCGUUUUGGACAAGCUGAUGCUGGAUCUUGGUUUUGGUGAUGGAUAUGUUGCACAGGGAGGAGACAUCGGAUCGUUCAUAGCGACACAUCUGGCGCGAAACAGUCAUAGCUCCGUCCAUGUCAACACUUUCUCCGUUUCUAGGCCAGCCUCUGUACACGCGCCAGAAAAUGAUACCAAUUUAACCGCAUUGGACCGUGAGAUCUUGGAUAGAUCAUCCCGACAAAUGCAGCAUGGAUUCGGCUACGCACUUGAGCAAGGCACCGCCCCAGCCACAAUAUCAUUUGCCGUCUCAAAAAGUGCAAUCAGCCUCUUGGCGUGGCUGGGAGAGAAAUACCUCGCUUGGGUGGAUCCAAACAAGCCUCUCUCAUUCGAGAAGAUAUUGACCGCGGUGUCCCUUUAUCACCUUACUGAUACAUUCCCACGAAGUAUAUACAGUUACCGAGAGAUCUUCGGAAGGUCCCCCCCUGAGAAUCCAUAUGAUGACGGAUUCAUCGACAAGCCGUUUGGCUACAGCCGCUUUCGUUUCGAUGUGAGUGGUGUUCCACCAAGUUGGGCCGCUGCAUCCGCAAACAUGGUAUUUUCCAAGUCGCAAGAGCAUGGUGGGCACUUUGCUGCUCUUGAGCGUCCGCGAGAGCUUUGGGAAGAUGUACAAGAGUUUGCGAGGAGAGCGUUUCCUCACGGGUUUCUCUGA